AUGGGCGACGACUCUCCCCGCUCCCUGCCCCUCCCCCCCGGCGCUGCUCAGCCUCUCCCCCGCAUCCCGAGCCCCGCCCCGAGCCAGCUCUCAGAGUUCGCAUCUGUCAACGGCACAAACGGCCUCUACGGCUCGACCUCGAGACGCCCUCUACCCCAACCUUCGCCUUCAAAGUCAAGCCUGGCCCCCAACCGCUAUCCAAACCGUCCCCAAGGCGACACCGAGGCGCCGCGAAUUGUGUCGGGGCGGAGAGCUUUGCCUACCCCUCCCGCGGUUUCCAACGGCGUAGUGUCGAGAAGCGAUGAAGCGCCGCGAAGUCGUGCGCUGCCUACACCACCGAGCGGACCACCGCCACCUCCUCCCCCACGACCUCCCUCAGAUCAUACGUACAUGGAUACUCGGGCCAAGCCUCAUUUGCCUGUUCAGCCUGACAGAGCUGCGGCAUUGCGAUCCGGGGGUUCCUCGUCGUCCAUGUCGACUGGUCAGAGCUACCGUCCGGAAUCCGAGCGCAGCUCUAUCUAUACGUCCGAGUAUGCUCCCUCGGACUAUAGUCGCGAUGCUGGAACCCUGCCGUCUUCCGUCUCCAGCCAUACUGCAGCCAAGCCACCUCUGCCAAAGGUCUCGAUAGACAAUGCUGACAAAGAGUGGCUUCCUAUACUAGAGAAGUUCAAUAUACCAAGCGGAGAAGGGACUCUACAAGCGCCUUCAGCUGCUAAAGAUCCUAACAGCGGCCCUGGGACGCCUACCCAGCGCGAUUGGGAGUCCGACUACUUUCAGCAACCUUCUGGUGGGCGAGAUAGAGCUGCCAGUGCUGUCACAAUGAAGGCGGGUGAUGACAGUAUAUAUGGUCCCUUGACACCAAGGAAUGACGAUGCGAGCUCGGUGCGCUCCUCUGUGGCAACCCCGGGCAACGCCAGCCAGGCCAUGAAUGAGCUCUGGCAACAAGAUAGCUUGAAGCACGUCGAGACGCCUGACUCGGGACCUUCCUUGAGCAGCCCCUCAGUCCGUCAUGUUCCAGACCCUCCCCAUCGCCAAUCCUCUUCUACAUCCUCCCUCCACCCUUCUAUCACUUCUGCCCGAUCUCAACAAUCCCAAUUCCCCCUUUCUCCCUCAUGGACCCAGCAAACACAGCCUCCCUCACAUUGGGUCGAGCGCAAGCUGCAGAUCCACGCAUCUCAUCGGAAUUCGGGCCAUUCGUUUGACGAUGGAUUUGAGGAAGGUCCCAGUGGCGGUUGGGAAGAGGACGAGUGGGAAGAGGGGGAAGAGGAGGGAGAGGAAGAUGUGGACGAGGGGCGGUUCUUCCAGCCUGCUUUCCUGAGCGAGAUGGCUUUGCAGCUGAGGGAUCGGGUCGAGCGACGGAGACAUAUCAAGUCCGGCAUUGCCUGGGUUGGUAGUUUUACAGGCAAAGAUAUCGUCACUGCGAUCCAAAGCAUGCUCCCCUCACAUACCAGGGAAGGACCCAACGACAGGCGAUUCGCCCUCACUCUUGCCCAAAGUCUCCAAAAUCAGCUCUGGUUUGUCGAGGUCGACUGGGACAUCAAACCUUUGCGAGACUCUCCCGAUGAUGUCUUUAGAUUCAUGGGCGAGAUGGAAGGGAUGGGAUCUGGAGGUGAUGCGCUCACCACAGAGUUGCCAAAGGGGUUGAUGACGAUGGCGACGAGAUGCUAUGCCCCGUCAUGUUCUGGAGACGGGCGCUGUUAUGCUCCCCGCUGUCCGUACAGGACUGGACCUAACGCGUUCCUUCCUCGCAAAGACACGACACCUCUCCCAACACCUGCCAGUAGUAUACGGGGAGUGGGUUGGAAAGAGGAUCUAGAUCCCAUCACACUGCAUGGGCUGAGCCCACAAGAGAUCACUCGGCAGGAUGUAAUUCGCCAAGCUCUUGCUUCCGAGGUAGCCUAUCAGGCGGAUUUGGCGGCUAUGGAGACCCUCUACGUCAAUCACCUGCGUACGGCAGAGCCUCCGAUCAUCAAAGAUCCCAGGGACCGGGAGAACUUUAUACAAGAUGUCUUUCACAAUGCUGGUCAGCUGAGAGAGGCUAGUGCGGCGUUGAUCGAAGAGUUUACGAUUAGGGUGCGGGAACAGCCUGUGAUUCGGUUUGUGGGAGACUUGUUUUUGCAAGCGGCGACCGAGUUUAGAAAUAUAUACCCAGAGUAUACGGGCAAGCUGCCGCAGGCGGAAGCUGCACUGAGUAAAGAGUUGGAGGAAAAUCCGGAGCUUCGGUUGUACAUUGAUCAAGUCGUCCGAGAGAAUGACCGUAGACGCGACCUCAAACACCUCCUCACUCGCCCUUCCUCACAACUACAACGCUACCCCGCCCUCCUCGAAGGUAUCCUCAAUGUCACAAACCCCGCGGAUGCCGAUUAUGACUUUCUCUCCCAGGCCCUGCAGUCUAUCCAAUCCAUCAUGUCCCUCUCUCAGCUCAAAUUGUUCCACGCCAGUAAAGGACGUGGGCCUGCGGCCAAGAUUAUGUGGUUCGAUCUGGUCGGAGAAGAGGCGCGAGCGGAAAUACCAAAGAAAGAGCAGAAGAGGCAGAUGCAUAUAUGGGAGUUGGUGCAGGGUGAGAUGGAGUACGUUGCCGAUCUGGAAGCCAUUGAGACGCUCUUUGUCGAUGGCUUGAGAACAGCGGAGCCGGCGGUCAUUGACCGAAACAGGUUGGAUGUCUUCCUUGACGAGGCAUUCCACAACUACCGAUCAUUGCUUGAAGUGCACUCUCGUCUGCUGCACAACCUGCAACAGCGACAAUUAGAGCAGCACCCGAAUGUGGGGAUGAUUUCGGAUUUGGUCUUUGACGCCGCUCUGAACUGGCAGGAGGCGUACAUGGAGUAUGUCACGCACUACCCUAUUGCCAAAGCCAAGGUUCAGGAAGAAGAACACAAGAAUCCAAUGUUUGCUGCUUUCCUCAAAACAUGCCUCAAGGACCCAGCUUCAAAUAGACAAGAUGUCUAUCAUUUUAUCAAUCGUCCUAUUCCCCGUCUUCUCCGAUACAACCUCCUAUUGGCCGACAUUCUCAAAUGCCUCAAAGAGACCAAACCUGCAGAUGACUCGGACAUUGACCAGAUCCCGCAAGUAAUGGAAGUCAUCGCCGAUCUCGGUAAAGCCACUCAGAAAGGUGUAGCUGUCAACGAAGCAAAAGUCGAGCUAUGGGGCUUCCAGAAGACUCUUGAUGGGGGCAGGUUCGGGCGCAAGAUGGUCGAUGAUUUGGAUCUGGUCAAUCCCAUGAGGGAGCUGAUACACAAGGGGAAGGUGUAUAGGCAGCCAGAAGGCAGUAUCACCAGUGGAUGGACAGAGCUGAGUGUGCUUCUGUUUGAUCAUUACCGUGAAGCGUCUAGGUCAUCCAAGAAGGACCAGCGCCAGGUCAGGUCUAUUGUCAACCGUCGCCCAAUUCCUCUUGAACUGCUUUCGCUUGGAUCUUUCGGUGACCCACCCCGUACACAACGUAUGGCUGGCCGGCUAUUCGGUGUCGGCGGUGCCUCUCAUAACGACGCCUCUGCCGAUGGCUCUGGGACAGACACUUCCAAGCUUUACCCGUUCAGCAUCUCGUUUAUUGGCGGACAAGAACGGCUCGGCGGAUCUUACACCCUCUGGACAGACUCUUACGCUGCUCGUCAAGAGUGGCAAGAAAAGCUGCAACAUGCCAAGGUAUUGAGGAAUGAGGUGGACGAUGCUGGCAAGGUCUUUGAAAUGAAUCCUUUGAGUGUGGACACCUUCUAUAUGCCCCCGAGCUAUGCCCUGCAUAAAGACAAGGAGAAAGAGUUCACCGGACGAGUGACCUGCAGUUGUCCUUUCACUACCCAAGAUGGCCGUCGACUCACAGCAGUCGGAUGCCAGGAUGGCGUGUGGAUUGGACUCCGUGGCGAUGCUCGAUCUCUCCGAAAAGUGUUGCACGUCAAAGCCGUCACCAACAUUGCGGUCCUCGAAGACUUCCAUGUCUUCCUGGUCUUAUCCGACAAGGCAGUCGUAGCCUACCAGCUAGAGGCCUUGGUACCCAGCGCCGGCCAAAAACCUGUCAAGUCCACUACGGAACGGAUCUCUGGGCCCAAAGAGGAGAUAUCUUCCUUCGUGGUCGGCAAGAUGGCGGACGAGUCUACCAACACCACGAGGAUGUUGGUUGUCAUGAUGAAGAUUGAAGCUACUCAGACAGUGUUCAAGGUCAUGGAGCCGGUAGCCAAGGAAACUGUCGAAGACGCGGCGAGGCAAAGACGGCCUUUCGGGUUCUCAUUGUCGGCCAAGUCGGAUUGGUUCAGAUCAUACAAGAUGUUCUACCUUCCGGCCGAGACAUAUGGGGUGCAUUUUCUCAAGAAACAGCUUGCCAUUGUCUGUUCAAAGGGCUUUGAGAUUAUGGAUCUCGGAAACCUCAAAGGAGGACCUAUCCCGAUGUUUGACGCCGCCAAAGUUAAGGAGAAGCCCGCUUUGGCGGAGCUGGAAAGCAGAUGCUCAAAGGGAAGGCCGAUGGGAAUGUUUAGGUCUACCGAGACAGAGUUCCUGCUAUGCUACGACACUUUCGGCGUCUUCAUCUACCGAUAUGGCGAGCCGAACCGAGACUACCGAGCUAUCGAAUGGGAGGGCAAACACGACAGUGUCGCCUUCCACCCUCCAUACAUCUUGCUCAUUUCGGCGCCAUUCAUCGAGGUCAGACAUGUCAAUACUGGCAAGCUGUUACAGAUCUAUACCGGCAGUGAUAUGAGAUUGACGUGGGACGGUUCUGGAGGCCAGAGGAAUGCGCCAAUGUUGAAGCCGGAUAAAUACGGUUAUGGGGACGAGACAAAGAUUCAAGAGCCUCAAAUACAUAUCGCUUGUCGGGCUUCCGACCAAAAGUCGGGUAAGGGUGGUCAGCCCAUCGGACAGGUUGUCUACGAACUGAGCCCGACAUUGCUACUCAACAAUCCCCUCAUGAACCCUUUCAAUACGCACGACUCCAACUACCUCCCACCGCCACCUCUCACAUCACAUGUCACUCCACAAAUCAGGCAAGCCCGUCCUCCCUCUGUUCGGAUUACCCACUCGGUGGACCAAGCGCACAACGCCCAUGGGAUGUACCAGAACGCCAACCCUUCAGGCUUUAUUGGAUCCUCCAACGCGGCAUCAUACGCUGGCCACCCCCCGCUCCAACAACGCCCCUCCUCCCUUGUUCAUCGUGAGAGCCAUCACUCGCGGGAUAGCAUGUCGUACCCCGAGUCUGGGUCAUAUGGACAUGGCGCGUCAUCUCAAGACAGUGCGGGACAGUUCCACCAAAGCCAACAAAGCUUAGGGGUAUACAACUCCGAACGGAAUCAUGGGGGAGGGUACGGAGGUCAUGGACAACAGUAUAGUCAAGAGUAUGGCCAGUAUGGGCAGCAGUAUACUCAACAACCGGCCUACCCUGGCAGGCAGGCUUCUCUUGGGCCAGGGGUUCCGCCCCCACAAGCUCCGCAAGCUCCGCAAGCCCCGCAAGCUCCGCAAGCCCCGCAAGGGUAUGGCGGAGGGUAUAACGACAGUGCUAUCAGGGCAUGGGCCCAGGGAGGAGAUUACAGGGGGAGCAAUGGCGGAUACGAAAGGGGCUAUUGA